ACAAUCAGUCUUCCAGCUUAUUAAGGAGAGGAAGCUGGCUGUCUGAGAACAGUUGAUCAACCACACCAUGAGUAAUAUUUCCAAGAAUACCCUACAGCCUAUCCUGCUGCAGCUCGAAUGUCACUUUACAUGGACUUUGCUGAAGGAAGAUGUUGAUCUUGAUGACCUAGAAGAAACGAUCUGUGAUCAGAUUGAGUUUCUAACCACCAAAUCCAAAAUUUCAAAUUAUAAUCUGCUAUCCUAUGUGAAACACCUGAACGGCAACAGUGAGGAAGCCCUGCAGAGUCUACAGAAAGCUGAAGCAGCAGCUCAAAGAAAUCGUGCAGGUGAGGUUCACAGGAAAAGUCUUGUCACUUGGGGGAACUAUGCUUGGAUUUAUUACCGUAUGAACAAACUUCAAGAAGCUCAAACCUAUGUAAGCAAGGUGAAAGACAGCUGCAAAGAGCUAUCAAGCACCUCAUGCUAUAAGUGUCAACUUCCAGAAGUCUAUUGUGAAGAGGGGUGGGCAUUGUUAAAGUUUGGCAGAAAAUAUUAUGAAAGAGCAAAGAAAUGCUUUGAAAAGGCUCUAGCAGAAGAACCUGAAAACCCAGAAUUUACUUCUGGCUAUGCCAUUGCAAUGUAUCGCCUGGAAGAUGAUCUCAUCAAAGGAUCCUCUUUGGAACCUUUAAGGCGUGCAGUGACACUGAAUCCAAAUGAUACCUUUGUCAUGUCAUACCUUGCACUAGAACUUCAGGACAUGGCUCAAGUCGAAGAAGGGGAAAUGUACAUUACAAAGGCAUUGCAAAAAACCCCAGAUGUUCCCUAUGUACUACGAUAUGCUGCAAAAUUUUACAGAAGAAAAGGGGAAGUGGAUAAGUCACUGCAAUUUUUGGAAAAGGCAUUGACCUUUACACCAACCUCUAGCUUCCUGCACCACCAGAUUGGUCUUUGCUAUAGAACAAAGAUGUAUCAGUUGAAAAGGGCUACAAAGCAGUCAUUUAAAGAGCAGGUAGAGCUCAUUAGACUUUGCAUUUUUCACUUUAAAGCAGCAGUGGACAAAAAAUCAAAGUUUAUAUAUGCCUAUACUGACCUUGCAAAUAUGUAUGCAGAAGGAAAAAGGUAUCAAGAAGCAGAAGACACUUUUCAGAAAGUACUUCAAAUGAAAUUAACCUGUCAAGAGAAACAACAAAUCCACUACCGCUAUGGACAGUUUUUGGAAUUUCACAAAAAAUCAGAAGCUGAUGCUAUUAAACACUUCAUGGAAGCGCUGAAAAUUGAGGGAGACAUGACAAGAAAGAUGUGCAUGAAUGCUCUGAAGAAACUUGUAGAUAAGAGAAUUCAGAGAGGAUCAGCAGAUGCUGCACAUUUUGGUGCUCUUGGAUUCAUUCACCAGUUGAAUGGAGAGAAGUCAGAAGCAAUUGAAUGCUAUGAGAAGGCCCUGGCACGGGAUUCUAGUAAUGAAGAAUACCUGAGUGCUCUUUGUGACCUACGGCUUUCCAUUGGAAACUAAAGAGCUGGCAGUCAGUCCAUCUCUCUAGACAGCUGAUAUUUUUAUUCCAAACAAAUUUUAUCAGUAGCUUGCCUUCUUUAUAUGGUAUCCUGGUAUCUUCAUGUAGGCAAAACCUGCACUGAGUCUUAGUUCAUAGUUUGAAACUUACUUACUGGCACAUUUGGGAGAAUUUGUAAGGCUAAUAGCUACUGAGCUCUCAUCCCAUUUUUCCACUGCAAAAUAGGUAUGUUUAUUUUGCUAACAAAGAAAAUGUCAUUUGUGAUGCUUCAGAUGAACAAUGUGAACUGGUAGGAUCACUUUCUGGUGGAAAUCUAGAAUCUGAAAAUGAUGCUUUUUAACUUGUAGGUCACUAAAUAUGAAUAUGAUUAGAAAAUACGCAUACAAAUUAUCCUACCCUUUGUUUUUCCUUAAAGAUCGGUGUGUGUGUAUUAAUUUCUGUUCUCAUAGAUACGUACAUAGCUUCCAAAUUAGCCAUGCAACGCAGUAAUGGGUGUUUGAAUGUACUAUCUUUAAAAUUCAAUAAGUUGUUUGCAAAUACCUAGUCGGUCUAAUAAAAGAUAUCACCUCU